AUGUUUGUCAUUUAUUAUUCUUAUUUGCAAGCAGGCUAUGGCCUUGGGCCGUUGCAACUGGAUCGCUGGGUGACGGGCUUUCUCAAGAAGUUCGAGCGCGUAUAUGAGCUGCAGAAGGACGGCAGAGCAUUCAGCACACCCCGCCGGCUCUUAGCCGCACUGGACGUGAGGUUCGGCCAGAUGCUAGAUGAGACCUUGGAGGAGCGUAUGAGACGAGAUGGCUUUGGAGAAAGGUUGAUUCAGGAACUGGCGAGCGGCAUGGUCCGUGUGAAUUAUGGCCAGGGCCUAGAUGUAGGGGCAUUUGUCGGGGCCGUGGCGCUGUGUGGCUCGCAAGGCCCACUUUGGGCGGUCGAGGGCGGCAACCAGUUGCUGGCCUCCAAGAUCUUGGAGUCCUCCGGUGCGACACUGCGCGAGGCCACGGUGCGUCGAAUUGCCAGCGCCGGAACGCGGUACAAGCUCUACGCAGACGUGAAAGGAUCUACAGAGGCUCUGGUGGAAGAUUAUGAUCUCGUGUUGCUGGCGCUGCCUCUGCGUGACGCAGAGGACUUGCAGCUGUCAGGCUUUGCUUGUGAGAACCUCGCCGCUGAGCUUGCCAGACCGUAUCAACGGAUCUACGCGACAUUCUACGACACACAGCCUAAUCCGAAGGCCUUGCAUUGUUCCGAACCAGUGCCUGGCGUCAUUCUGAGCACCACUGGUGACGGCUUCAACAGCAUUGGCCUGCAUAAUGGUACCCGGAAAGGGGACAGCAAGCACAUCUGGAAGGUCUUUUCCCCUGCGCCGCUGACUGAUGAGCAAUCAAAGCGGCUCUUUCCGAGUGGCCCCAAAUGCGAAACUUUUGGAUGGUGGGCCUAUCCCAAGUAUUCGAAGGUGGAUCGACAGCCGAAGGACACACCUUUCUGCUUAGAUGGAGCUGGCUUGUAUUACUGCAAUGCCAUCGAAGAAACAGCCAGUGCGAUGGAGAUGUCGGUUCUGGGAGCCAAAAACUGCGUCCUGCUCGCCAGCAAUCGCUUGAAGGGCACUGCACACAACAUCGACGCUGCUGCAGCGUCUUCGCGUCUUUGA